AUGGCUGAGACUGACAUCGACCUAACCACCGACGAGACUAUGUGGGCCGCCUCGGUCGCGGCUUUCCCCUAUCAGCUCCUGCGAUUGGGCCUGGACCAAAUGAUCACGCAAAAGGUUCUUGGCCGCAAGAUCCCUCGCCGAGGGCAGGUGUAUUUAUGCCGCAAUCAGCUGUAUUGGUGUUGCUUCCCUCAGGAUGUUGCUAUCUCUACAACAGCCGGAGAAGACGAAACAAGUUUUGAAAUGCACAUGGAGUGGCUCAGCUGUGAAUCUCGCAAAGGCUCUCCUGACGAGGAUCAAAUCAAUGAAAGGAUGGCCUUGACAUGUCGCCAAAGAAUUUCUGACAUCACCACAAAUAGUAUUCAUGAGGCGAAGAGAAAGUACCCAUACAUGAUGAGCUUUGAUGACUUUGCAAGACUAACUAAGAUUGACCCUUCACCUUGUGUUGCAAAAGGGAUCAACAAAAUUGUGAAAAUGGCAGAAAUGAAACACAUCCCUUGCAAAGCAAGUGUAAUGACAUCACUUGAACAGGCUCGUGAGAUGUCACCGGAGAGGCUGCGAACACGACACAUCCUAACAGUUGCAGCACUUCGGAUACUGUCUUUCAAUAUCAAGGAAGUUAAUGGUCUGUCAUCUUUGUUUGUGCAGGAGGUGGACCCGAGCGUUCCUGCAACCCCUUGCAUCGUAGUUUCUGGAGGAGACGUUGUAGAGGCUGACCUUCUCCACAUCAAGGUGGACCGUGAGAAGUUGUUUACGGUGAAAAAUGGGGAGGAGGGGCUGGCGGCUGUUUUAUCUGCUUACUGGCUCUUCAAUAUCCAGUACGACCGCAAGCUGUUCAACAGUCUUGUCGUGUUGGAGCGCCUUUUCCUUGGGCUCACAUUGAAUGCCCCUGGAGUAGUGGCUACGAAGUUCUUGAACAAAGUCACCAAAAGUGAGCCAUGUUGAAUGUGCUGUUGGCCGUCUUGGCCGUAACAAUAUUGAAGUGGUAACAAACUUUUGAUAACAAAGUGGUAACUUUUGAUAACAAAAAAAGAAAUUUAAGUCUAGCCAACUUCCGCCGUUGAGCCAGUGGAGGCAAAUCAAGUAACCGAAGCAUUUCGGAAACGGAGUCAAUGCGAUAAUACCGGGAAAGAAUGAACCUUGCAGAUUUUCUCUGUAUCUUCUUAAUGCGAUUUGUUAAUCCGGAUUCUAACGGAUCCCAAAUGACACUGGCGUACUCUAACGUCGGUCGAAUGUAAGUUAAAUAUGCAAGUAGUUUCACGGGUGUGGUUGCUAGCUUAAAUUUUCUGCGAAGGAAGCAUAACUUUUUUUUUUUUGCAGCUCCACAAAUUCUGUUUACGUGCGAUUUCCAACUGAAGUCUUUCGAAAUUGUUAAACCUAGGUAUUUUAUCGUUUCAGCUUCUUAGAAUCAUUGAGUUCAUCUGAAAAUUACACUCAAUAACAUGCUUUGUUUGCUUUGUAACUCUGAGCAUGACUGAUUUAGAUUCGUUAACUUUCAUUUUACUUUUUAUGGCCCAGACUUCUACAGCUUUAAGGGCUUGACUAAGUGACGCCUGAUCGUUUUGGUUAAUGAUUUCACGAUAUAAUAAACAGUUGUCUGCAAGUAACAGGAUGAUUAUGUCGUUAUUUAUGUGAUGAGCAAUAUCAUUUCUGUAAGCUAGAAAAAUAAGUGGUCCUAAAACGGAUCCCUGUGGAACGCCUGAGGUUAUGUUUAAUUGUUUAGAUUUCUUAGC